GCGCAAGCCGGCCCGAAGACCAUGUAGACUGUAUGUGUUGUCUCGAGUCCAGUAUGACCGGUAAUGCCUCGCGGCAAUCCUUCGUCUUUCACUUCCCCGCAGUCCAGUAGAAAUGCUCUUUCCGUGAGUCGAGCAUGCACCACAAAUAUUAGUCUGACAAGUUGCUGCCGGUGGAAGCGGCGAGUAUGAACACCACGGAAGACGCGACAAGACCUCCUGGCUUAAUGACCGAAAGCAAUGCUAAGAGAGCACGCAUGGCGUCGCCACAGUCAGGAAGGCGGAUACCGAAAAUCACUCGAGCAUGUGACGCUUGCAGGCUGAAGAAGGCGCGCUGCACAGGCACAAAGCCAUGUCCUGCUUGCUCGAAACGCGGAGCCGUGUGCUCAUAUGAUAGUCAAUACAUGCGAGGACGCCCACCGACACCUCCGUUAUCUACUCUGGUUCAGGGUCAGAGCCCGCAUGCACCAUCUGAUCGUCAAAUAUCACCCUAUGCCCAUGAUGUCGACGAUGCUCCCCGAGAUACUGGCAUCAGCUCACGCAAUUCACCGGAGAUGGACUCGACCAAUAUCCAAGGCCAAUACGUAGAUCCCACAUCAGGACUGUCAUUUCUUGAGCGUGCUCGAGAACGCUUCUCGUCCCAUCAAACGUUAUCGGACUGUGCUCAAGACGAGGACUGGAGCUAUCGGCAACAACCCUUGUUAAAUGCGGGUGAUAAACCUCUCGCCCUUCCAGAUAUUCAGCCUAGUAUGACUGGUCUACUGCCACAUGGGGAUGAUGCAAUUGAACUUCUGGAUGUGUAUUUUGACGUGUGUGUUGCGACUUACAAGCCACUACAUCGACCGACUUUGGACGCAUGGCACAAGCAAGCAUCGCAAAACGUCAAGGCUGAACGACCGUUGAUCCGCAACUUGGGUCAUGCCAAACUAUCAACUCUGUUCGCUGUCUUUGCUGUAGCAUCAUAUCACAGGCGCAAGACGCAGGACUUUUCAUUCAACGAAAGUGAUACUCUUUUCCAGGUAUCACAGGGACUGACCAACAUGGAGGUUGGCCUACCACGUCUCGACUCAGCGCAAGCCAGACUCAUCCAAGUGUUCUAUUUGCUCAUGACAUGUCGUAUGAAUCAAGCAUGGUUUACAUUCGGCACUGUCCUGCAACUCGUAUCGUCGCUUGGCUUGCACAGGAAAGUCCGGCGAGCUAGACUGGAAAGAGACUAUGUCUAUCGACAGUGUCAAAAGCGUACAUUUUGGACGACCUACAUUCUCGACAAGUACCUAGGAGUCGUAAUGGGUCGACCGCAACAUUUUCACGACGACGACAUUGACCAAGAAUUCCCAGAUUGUGUCAAUGAUGAGGACAUGACCGCUGUUGGUUGCGAUGCCACUGAAGAUCCUGAUGACUGCUUGAUAGAAGCUUUCGUUCAGAACGCAAAGCUUGCUCGACUGGUCGGGAGAAUCUCCCGCAGAUUGUAUCCCACUCGAGCUCUGACAGGCACCAAAAGACUGGAACUGACUAAGCAACUACAAACUGAUAUUGACGAGUGGCAUCGCGCUCUUCCUCCGUUUCUGAGUACUGUCAAACCAUCAAGUUUGAUUCGUAGUCUGCAGCGACAGUCAGUGGCUAUACGAAUGGCGCAUUCUCAUGCCGUUAUGCAUCUCCAUCGACCUUAUUUACUGCGUUUUGCGGGCCAAGAAAGUGAGGCCAGCGUCAAGCAUUGUCUGGCUGCCGCUCUCGCAGUGCUCCGCACCGCCGACAAUAUUGCGACUUCAGGACGUAUGUUCCAUGCCUUUUGGUGGACACAUUAUGUCACCUUUUGCGCUCUGAGCAUCGCCUACGUUUGGAAGAUUCAUGGACAUCCUAUCGACGGUGGCUUUGACACUGAACAAUUGUUCAGGCUUGCCGAGAGGUGUCAGACUCAUCUUGCACAUGCGACGGCCUCAAACUCGCCAAGCAGAAGGUACAGCAUCAUUUUGGAGGAACUGCGGGCAGAAGCCGGAAACAAUCAGGCUUCUCUUACGACGGAAGACACAACUGGGAAUCAUGCCGCAUCAACGUUCAACAUAGCUCCCGCACCCGAUAUCGGAGGCCUUGCUACCGGAGACCACUCUCUAGAAGGCUGGCAAAUUUCGGAUUGGCUAGAUCUUGACGCACUGGCACAUGGUUAUCCUGCGGGAUCUAGCCCUGACUUGGGCUGCUUUGAUACCGUUUCUUACUGAUAUUGAAGACAACGAUUCCUGCAUCCAUGAGCUACUAUGCUGUUUACGCUCACUUUGCUCUGCUACAGCCAAGACACUGAUUACUGUCUUGCCUCGUUACACGAUCGUCUUAGUAUCAUCCAGAGCCUUGAUCUUGUUCGAGUUGCGAAUGAGACCCAACGUUGGUCCUUCUCUACGACUCCGAAAUGCUGAUCAUAUGUCGCGACUGGCAAGCAAAGUCUACAGGCUCAUGGGCAGGUAGCAGAGGAUGUUUGUCCCAUUGACUGUGCAGCAUCCCGUACAAUCCGUCAACGAAGCGAUCAGUCCUUCGCUGCUCUGGUUGGAGUCAACGUCU